AUGACAUCUGCUCCAAAAACUUCUGCCGGUGGUGCUUCUGGAACUUCAUCAGAGGAUACUGAAGUUACCGGUGCUCAACUUAUUGCCGAUGCAUUGAAGAAACAAGGUGUUGAAUAUAUAUUUGGUGUGGUUGGUAUUCCAAUUAUUGAAAUUGCAUUUGCUGCUCAACAAGCGCAAAUUAAAUACAUUGGAAUGCGUAAUGAACAAGCGGCAUCUUAUGCAGCAUCAGCUAUUGGUUAUUUGACAGGAAAACCAGGUGUAUGUUUAACAGUAUCUGGACCUGGUCUUAUUCAUGCUCUAGGUGGUAUGGCAAAUUCUCAAGUUAAUAAAUGGCCAAUGCUAGUUAUAGCUGGAUCUUCUGAUCAACCACAAGAAUCAAUGGGUGCAUUUCAAGAAUUUCCACAAGUUGAAUCAGCACGACUCUAUUCAAAAUAUGCUGCACGUAUUUCAUCACUUGAUCGAGCACCAUUUUUUGUUGAAAAAGCAAUUCGUUCUACUGUCUAUUCACCUGCAGGUGUAAGUUAUCUUGAUAUACCUGGGGAUCUUGUUAAUGGCUCAAUAAACACAAGUCAAGUCGAACAAGUAAAAAAAUAUCUUGAACCUCCAAGACCUGCUGCUAGCAGUGAAUCACUUCAACAAUUUUUCAGUUUACUUAAACAAAGUCAAAAACCAUUAGUCAUCGUUGGAAAAGGCUGUUCUUAUGGUGUUGCUGAACAAGAGGCUAAACAAUUUAUUGAACAAUACAAUUUACCAUUUCUUGCAACACCUAUGGGUAAAGGUACAUUAGAUGAUCGUCAUCCAUUAGCUGUCGGUGCAGCACGUUCAACAGCAUUACAAGAAGCUGAUUGUAUUAUUUUACUUGGUGCACGUCUUAAUUGGAUGCUUCAUUUUGGUAAAUCACCUCGUUUUGAUCAAAAUGUGAAAAUAAUUCAAAUUGAUAAUGAUACAAAUGAAUUACAUAAUAAUAUUCAAAGUGCAUUAGCAAUUCAAGCUGAUCUUAAAACAGUAUUAAAACAACUCUAUGAAAAGGAAACUAGUUGGAAAUAUAGUACAUCAACACAAUGGUGGAGUUUACUUAAAAAGAAAUUAUCAGCAAAUAAACAACGAAGUGAAGCUCUUAUUAAUUCAAAAGAAAGUUCUAUGCUCAAUUAUUAUUCAGCAUUUAAUGCAAUACAAGCAAUAAUUCCAAAAGAUGCAAUAAUAGUAAGUGAAGGUGCUAAUACAAUGGAUAUUGGACGAACAAUGUUAUUGAAUUCAAAAGCUCGUCAUCGACUUGAUGCAGGAACUUUUGGUACAAUGGGAGUUGGUCCUGGUUUUGCAGUAGCAGCAGCAAUUUAUUGUCAAGAUCAUGAACCUAAUAAACGUGUAAUAUGUGUUGAAGGUGAUAGUGCUUUUGGUUUUAGUGGUAUGGAAUUUGAAACAGCUGCUCGUUAUAAUCUUCCAAUUAUAUUUAUUAUAAUUAAUAAUGGUGGUAUUUAUGCCGGUGUUGAUCCAGAAGCAUUCCAAGAUAUGGCUAAAAAUAAUGCAGCAUUAAGUUUACCACCAACAUCAUUGAUGCAAGCAAAUUAUGAACGAAUAGCUGGUGCUUUUGGUUGUCAAGGUUAUUUAGCACGUUCAUUAGAAGAAGUGAAAAAAAGUGUAGAAUCAGCAUUAGCUGAAAAAACUCGCCCAUCAAUUAUCAAUGUAUUUAUUGAACCAUCAUCAGGCCGUGUUCAACAAAAAUUUCGAAAACGUAUUUUCCAUCCUAUUACUAGUUGUUGUACAACUAAGAAUAAAGAUGAACAACAAACUAAUCUUUUACAAGAACAUAAUAAAAAUACUGAAGCACCUAUUCGAAAUGAAGACUUUGAAGCUACUGGUUUUGUAAUUGAUCCACAAAAUUAUAUAUAUCAUUAUUGGCUUGGAAUUAUUUCACUUGCUGUUAUUUAUAAUUUUUUAUUAAUACCAGCUCGAUAUUCAUUUAAAGAUAUGGAUAAACAAUUGAAAAUUCUUUGGAUAUCAUUAGAUUAUAUAUUUGAUAGUGUAUAUUUAAUUGAUAUUUUUAUACAAUCGAGAACAGGCUAUUUUAGUCAUGGUCUUUUUGUUCGUAAUCAUCAUGUUUUAUCUCGUAAAUAUUUUACAUCACGUGAAUUUUAUUUCCGUGAUCUUUUAUCGAUUAUUCCAACUGAUCUUAUUUAUUUAAUUCCAUCCUUUCGUUUUGUUUCUAUAAUACGUUGUAAUCGAUUUUUACGUAUUAACCGUUUGUUAGAAUUUCAAGAAUUAACAGAAUCACGUACUAGAUUUCCUAAUGCAUUUCGAAUAUGGUGUCUCGUAUGUUUAACACUUACACUUAUUCAUUGGAAUUGCUGUGCUUAUGUACUUACUUGUCAAUAUUUAGGUUUUGGUACUGAUAGAUGGGUAUUACCAAAUUCAGCUAAAAAUGAAACAGUUUUAAUGCUUUAUACCUAUUGUUUUUAUUGGUCAACACUUUUAUUAAGUACUAUUGGUGAUGUACCAUUGCCUACGAAAAGACCGGAAUAUGUAUUUGUAUUAUUUGAUUAUAUGAUUGGUAUACUUAUAUUUGCAACUAUAAUUGGUAGUCUUGGUACUAUGAUAUCAUCACAAAAUCAAUCAAGACAACAAGUUCGAGAAAAAAUGGAUGAAAUCAAACGUUAUAUGAAAUUUCGUGCAGUUAAUCGAAAACUUGAAUCCAAAGUUAUAAAAUGGCUUGAUUAUUUAUAUACAAAUCGACAAGUAUUAAAUGAAGAAAUGGUUUUAAAUUCUGAUUUAAGUGGAGAAUUACGUAAAGAUCUUGCUAUUAAAGUACAUUUAGAAUCAUUACAACAAGUUAAAUUAUUUAAUGAUUGUGAACCAAAUUUACUUGUUGAACUUGUAACAAAAUUAAAACCAAUUUUUUAUGGUCCAGAUGAUUAUGUUUGUCAAAAAGGAGAUAUUGGAAAAGAAAUGUAUAUUAUAAAACGUGGUCAAUUAGCUGUUGUUAGUGAUGAUGGAAAAACGACAUUUGUUGUCUUAAAAGAAGGUUCUGUUUUUGGUGAAAUAUCUAUUUUAAAUAUUCCUGGUUCAAAAAAUGGAAAUCGUCGUACCGCUAAUGUUAAAUCUUUAGGUUAUUCAGAUUUAUAUACAUUACGAAAAGAAGAUCUAUGGCUUGUACUUGAUAAUUAUCCUGAAUCAUUAUCAAAAAUACUUGAAAAAGGUAAAUCAAUAUUACGUAAAGAUAAUCUUCUUGAUGAAACAUUAAUGGAUUCAAAACGUCAUGUUGAACAAGAACAAUUAUUAAGUGUACAAAAUCGAAUUAAAAAAUUACUUGAUACAGAAAAAUCGUUAAAUAAUCGUAUAACAAUAUUUUUUGAUGCAUAUAUUGAAUCAAUAAGAAAAUUUAAAAAACAAUUAUCAGGAAUGGAAUAUCAUUAUGAAGCAAGAAAACCAAGUGUAACUGCAACACCACUUACACCACCAGCAUCAGCACCAGUAGUUCCAUUCUUUUUAAAUCAAUGGAAAGCUCAUACAGCAGCUAAUUUACUCAGAUUUAAAAGUAUGCCAUCGGGGCAAAUUGAUGAAGAUUGA